UUCCACCUGCCCUGCGCCAAUCAGGGAGGAUGUGUCACCCAGUUCAUCAGACCAUUUAGGUCCUUCUGCCCCACACACAGACCAGAGCAGGCAGUGGAGGUGACUCCAGAGCUGGGCACCGAAUGCCUCAUCUGCAUGGAGCCCGUGGAAGAAAGAAAGACCUUCAACACCAUGGAGUGCCCAGCGUGCAAAAACGCCUGGUUCCACAGGGAUUGUAUUCAAGGACAGGCUCUGCAUGCUGGUUUUUUAUCCCUCCGGUGCCCCCUCUGCAGGGAUAAUAACACAUUUGUUAUGAGUCUGUUCACCAUGGGGAUCCAAAUCCCCUUCAGACCAUCAUCAUGGGAGGGCGGUAAUGCAUUUGCCGAGCUAGGAGACAGGCACAGGCACUGCGAUGCCAGAGAGUGCCUUUUUCCAGGAGGUAGAGAAGAGGAAGAAUUGGAAGGGCCCUGGGAACUGCUCCUGUGCUCCUCCUGCAUUGCCGAGGGCACCCACAGACAUUGCUGUGGCCUGAGAGACAGCAUAACCAGGGCCUCCACUGAAGACUCAGAGCUUGUUGCCCUCAUGAAGGACUCUUCUGACGACUCCACAGAACACGAGACCAUCACCCCA